AUGGCCUCCGUCGCCCGCCUCGUCCGCCGUGACCCUUCCCUCACGCCUCUCUUCGUCGCCGUCGGAGGCGGAGUCGUCGGCGCCCUCGCGUUCGGCGCUCACUACCUCAGGAACUCGAGCGAUGUUAUCGUAGACAAGAAACGCCACCCCGAGCCUUGGAACGACGUCGAGCAGCACAAGAACACCAAGCUCUUCUCCUCCAACCGCGACUUCUGGUCCUCGCGCGCCUCGAACCCGCCCCAAAACCCGCGCGAGAUGUUCCGCUCCCCCUCGGAACAGGUCGUGCAGGCUAAGGAGAAGGCCGUCGAGGGGGUUAGGAAGAGGGAGAUGAUGGGGUUGGGAAAGGAGGAGAGUGCUCAGCACUAG